GCCCGCCAGUGCCAGCGGUCGUCCGGGACCUCACAGCCCCUUUGCCGGAGUUCGCAGCGCGCUCCAGACAAGAUGGCGCGGCCGGUCCGGGGAGCGUUCGGGGCCCCACGCCGCUCGUCUCCUCUUCUCCUUUGGCUGCUGCUGCUGCUGCUUGGGCUCGAGCCGGCGAUGGCCACGGACGGCCGGCGGACUCCCUGCGCCGCCGCCUGCACUUGCGCUGGGGACUCGCUGGACUGCGGCGGGCGCAGGCUGGCGGCGCUACCCAGGGACCUACCCGCUUGGACGCGGAGCCUAAACCUGAGUUAUAACAAAAUUUCUGAGAUUGACCCUACUGACUUUGAGGACUUGCCAAAUCUACAAGAAGUGCAACACAAUAAGAUUCGCAGCGUGGAGGGGAGCCAGCUGCAGGCUUACCUUUCCUUAGAAGUGCUGGACCUGAGUUCCAACAACAUCACGGAGAUCCGGAGCUCCUGCUUUCCCCACGGACUGCGCAUCAGGGAGCUCAACCUGGCCAGCAACCGGAUCAGCACCCUGGAGUCAGGAGCAUUUGAUGGUCUGUCACGGUCACUGCUAACGCUCCGGCUGAGCAAAAACAGGAUCGCCCAGCUUCCUGUGAAAGCCUUCAAGUUACCCAGGCUGACACAACUGGACCUCAAUCGAAAUCGGAUCCGGUUGAUCGAGGGCCUGACAUUCCAGGGACUCGACAGUUUGGAGGUGCUAAAGCUUCAGCGAAACAACAUCAGCAAGCUGACAGAUGGGGCCUUCUGGGGGCUGUCCAAGAUGCACGUGCUGCACCUGGAGUAUAAUAGCCUGGUGGAAGUGAACAGUGGCUCGCUUUAUGGCCUCAGUGCCCUGCACCAGCUCCAUCUCAGCAACAACGCCAUUUCUCGAAUCAACCGCGAUGGCUGGAGCUUCUGCCAGAAGCUACAUGAGCUGAUUCUGUCCUUCAACAAUCUCACCCGACUGGACGAGGAGAGCCUGGCCGACCUGAGUAGCUUGAGCACCCUGCGCCUGAGCCACAAUUCCAUCAGCCACAUUGCAGAAGGUGCCUUCAAGGGACUCAAAAACCUACGCAUCUUGGAUCUGGACCACAAUGAGAUAUCAGGCACGAUAGAGGACACCAGUGGUGCUUUCACGGGGCUUGAGAGCCUGAGCAAGCUAACUCUGUUUGGAAAUAAGAUCAAAUCCGUGGCUAAGAGAGCAUUCUCAGGGCUGGAAGGCCUGGAGCACCUGAAUCUUGGAGAAAAUGCGAUCAGAUCUGUCCAGUUUGAUGCCUUUGCGAAGAUGAAGAAUCUCAAAGAGCUUCAUAUCAGCAGUGACAGCUUCCUGUGUGACUGCCAGCUGAAGUGGCUGCCACCGUGGCUACUGAGCAGGACACUACAGGCCUCUGUGACAGCCACCUGUGCUCACCCGGAGUCCCUGAAGGGCCAGAGCAUUUUCUCUGUGCUGCCAGAAAGUUUCGUGUGUGAUGACUUCCCCAAGCCGCAGAUCAUCACCCAGCCAGAGACUACCAUGGCUGUGGUGGGUAAGGACAUCCGGUUCACGUGCUCAGCAGCCAGCAGCAGCAGCUCCCCUAUGACUUUUGCCUGGAAGAAGGACAACGAGGUCCUGCCCAAUGCCGACAUGGAGAACUUUGCCCACGUCCGAGCACAGGAUGGGGAGCUGAUGGAAUACACCACCAUCCUGCACCUGCGUCGUGUCACUUUUGGGCACGAGGGCCGCUACCAGUGUGUCAUCACCAACCACUUUGGCUCCACCUACUCGCACAAAGCCAGACUCACAGUGAAUGUGUUGCCAUCAUUCACCAAAAUGCCCCACGACAUUGCCAUCCGGACUGGCACUAUGGCCCGCCUGGAAUGUGCUGCCACCGGCCACCCUAACCCCCAGAUUGCCUGGCAGAAAGAUGGAGGCACAGAUUUCCCGGCUGCCCGUGAGCGACGUAUGCAUGUCAUGCCAGAUGAUGAUGUAUUUUUCAUCACUGAUGUGAAAAUAGAUGACAUGGGGGUAUACAGCUGCACCGCCCAGAACUCAGCCGGCUUCAUUUCAGCAAACGCCACCCUGACUGUCUUAGAAACCCCGUCCUUAGUGGUGCCCUUGGAAGACCGUGUGGUGUCCGUGGGCGAGACGGUGGCUUUCCAGUGCAAAGCAACUGGGAGUCCGCCACCCCGUAUCACCUGGCUCAAGGGGGAUCGCCCGCUGAGCCUCACUGAGCGACACCACUUCACUCCCGGGAACCAGCUGCUUGUCGUGCAGAACGUGGUAGCGGAGGAUGCGGGCCAGUACACCUGCGAGAUGUCCAAUGCCCUGGGUACUGAGCGAGCCCACAGCGUGCUGAGCAUCCUGCCCACCCCUGGUUGCAGGAAGGAUGGGACCACUGUGGGCAUUUUCACCAUCGCUGUGGUGUGCAGCAUUGUCCUGACAUCCCUGGUCUGGGUGUGCAUCAUCUACCAAACUAGGAAGAAGAGUGAGGAGUACAGCGUCACAAACACAGAUGAAACCAUUGUGCCUCCAGAUGUUCCAAGCUACCUCUCUUCCCAGGGGACCCUUUCUGACCGACAGGAGACCCUGGUCAGGACUGAGGGUGGCCACCAGGCCAAGGGGCACAUGGAAAGCAACGGUGUUUGUCCAAGAGAUGCAAGCCUCUUCUCAGAGGUGGACGCGCAUGGCCUUGCAUGCAGGCCGGCCAAGUUGUGUGUGGGAUUUAAUAAGGAAGCACAUAAAGUGAUGGAGACAGUUGAUGGCACAACUGGGGCACAGAAGACAGAGUACAGCGGUCCAGCCACAGGUAUCAACUGCAGCACUGAUCCCAAGGAACAAGCCUGCUGCCCACAGCCAGUGUCCAGAGACAGUGCACAGCUAGGUGCAGGGAGCACCCUGGAUCUCAGUCAGCAGGACCAAGAACACACUCCCCAUCCUGCAAGCAGUGGAACUGCUGAAGCUUCCCGCUCUGACUCUAGGGGCGGCCUCUAUCCCAGUAACCAUGACAGAAUGCUGCCAUCUGUGAAGCAGCAGCCCGUGGGGCCCCUGGAUGGGAAAGGAGCCUUCUCUAGGACUUUAACAAGAUUGUAUGAGCCAGACUCCAUGGGCCUCCUGCCUUCUUGUACAUUGACUCCGGGCACUUCCCAGCUCACCUUGGGUUUCCCCGAUGUCCCCAGUGAAGGCCAGCACUUGCUUCUUUCAAAUGGACACCUCCCCAACGCAUGUAACUCUAACCCUGAGUCUGCACCACUGACCGGACAGCUCCCCGGGAAACGGAGCACGCCCCUGCUAUUUGCACCGAAAAUCUAGGCUUUGUCUACCUCCGCCCUUGUUGUCUAUCUACAGGAGAGAGGUAGGAGAGGUUCUGAGGAAGCUUGGGUUCAAGCGUCACUGAUUUGUAUAUAGUUUUAACUUCCAUGUGGAGUAUCACUAGUUUAAAGGACUUACCGCUGAAGCACAAAAAUGCAAGGGGCUAUUGUGUAAAAAAGACAGAAAAGUGUUUGAUACCAAUGUAUAUAAGAGUUUUCAGAGUUUUCAUAUAUAUUAUAUAUCUUUUACAGAGGCUAUUUUAAUCCUUAGUGCAUGGUUAACAGAAAAAAAAAUCGUACCGUUUUCACAAUAUUUUUCCAUAUCAGGUUGCAGGGGUUUAAUUUUGGAGCAGGGGUUGUUUCCUGGUGCCUUAAUGGAUUGAUUAAAGUCAAAAACCACACGUGUUCCCAGGAGGUGGGAGGGAUGCACCUAUAGUCACCUCCUGUGCCGGCCCAGGUGGGUGCUCAUUAAACAAACCUCCCUGAUGAGCUUGGAGGUGCGGCUGUCACUUACCUUUGUAGUGAAUGACUUUCUCACAUGUUUAAAUCCCCUAACAAGCAGAAUGGGGGUUGUUACUCUUCCACAAGCAGUUGGUGCAAGUAACCACUGCUCCUCUACAAUCUUUCUAUGAGAAAAGCAAAUGCAGUCUUUGAGGCUUUUUAGUAAGAUGGAGGCUGCUAGUACCUGUGGAUUUUUCAACAGUAAUGUUGUAAUUCUGCCAGUAUAACUACCUUGGCCUGCAGGGAGGAUGGCACCGGGGCCAGCUGGUUGGAACCGCCGGCCCAUGUCCCUCCGAGCUGGGUUAGACUGCACAAGUCCUUCCCAAUCUAUUUGCACUUUUGAGAUCUAUAGCUAACCAUCUUGUAAGUGCCAAUGUGCGUGUUUCAGGAAAAUCUACACUAAAACAAAUUGAUAGUCAAAAAGCUGAAGGUAGGUAUGGACAAAAGGGUUACUUACCUAUGUUAAAUUUUACUGUCCGCUGUCAUCACAAUCCUAAAAGGUAAGAAGUUUAGAGUUUUGUUCUCAACACUUUGUUACUUCCACAAAAUAUGUGAAUUUGCUGCUUCUGAGAGGCAAUGUGAAAGAGGAAGUAUUACUUUUAUGUACAAAGUUAUUUAUUUAUAGAAAUUUUGGUACAGUGUACAUUGAAAAACAAAAUUAAAGUGACAUUCACGUGUCUUUAAUAAAAAUUCAUUUAUAAAUGUAAGUGUGUGGCUGGGAUCAUUAGUUGCCUUUCCUCCAAAAGGGAAAGAAAACUAAACAAAGCAAAACAUUAUUACUCAAGCUCUAAAAUAGUAACCUUCCCAUUUCACCUCUUUGAUUGCCACUACUGAGCUUAAAAAAACUCCAGGCAACAAAUCUUCUGACUUAGGAAUGAAGAAACACUGUUUCCGGCCCUUCCUUUCACUCUGUGGGUAUUAUGAGUGCACCUCCUCUCCUCAGAGGGCCUGCCACACCCUCCCGCACACAGGAUAGUUGGGCCACCGGACAUUUCUCCAUAAAAUACAAUUGUUUUUUUUAAUCAAAAACAGCAGUCUGGUUACCCAACAGGAAUGUAUGUUAUGCACCUGUAGUUCAUUUUUUAAGCAAAACUAUAAGCUUACACAAUAGGAAUUAACCCGAGAGAGAGACGCCCACCCACAUACACUCUUCCCCCAAUUCUACUAUGUGCUCCCAGACUACCCAUUUUUUGAACUUAG